AUGGACGACCAGAAGACAGAUGACCUAUUGGUUAUCCAAGGUGUUGACGGCAACAAAGAUGGUAACAACAGCAGCAUUGAAGAACAGACGCCAAAGCAGACACGGGAAAGUGGAGAGACUGGUGGGGGUGUUCUAGAACGAUAUAUCAAUCCCACCGCCAUCGUCAAUUUCGGUUUCACACUCCAAGCAGCAUGGGAAGCUGCGGGAUCUUCGUUCCAAUUCAGUCUGCUGAAUGGCGGCCCAGCUUCGUUGGUUUAUGGAAGUAUUGUAUCCGGAUUGGGCUCAACGGCAAUCGCAACCUCUUUGGCUGAAAUGGCAUCACUGGAUCCAGUAGUCGGAGCACAGUACAGAUGGUCAGCUGCCUUUGCACCUGCGAAUCCUGCGUUUUGGGGCCUGUUCCAAGGUUGGAUCACUGUAUGGGCCUGGAUAACGGUCACCGCAGCAAGCCCCGCAUACUUGUCUAAUAUCGUCAUUGGUCUCGUUAUUUUCAACUAUCCCGACUAUGAGCCGCAACGAUGGCAUGGCACUCUUAUAAUGUGGGGAUUUGUUGUUGUUCCUGUGGUGUGGAACUUCUGGUUUCGUCGCAUGUUGAACACCUUGGAGAUGAUUGGUGGCAUAUGCCACGUUAUAUUCUUUAUCGUGUCAAUCAUUACUUUGGUAGCGCUGGCGGAGCGCAGCCCGGCUUCAUUUGUGUUCAACAACCUCUGGCACGAUAUCAGUGGUUGGAAUAACCCAGGUGUUGCUUUUAGCAUUGGACUUAUCACGGUGACGUUUCCAAUCACAUCUUUUGAUGGAGUUCUUCACAUGAGUGAUGAAGUGAAGGGAGCUCGGACUCGAGUUCCGCACGCCAUGAUUAUCGCAGUAACUUUCAACAGCAUCAUGCAAUUUGCGUACAUGGUUGCAGUGAUGUUCUGCAUUGGAGACGUGGACCGGGUCGUAAACACGCCAACUUUACUUCCCAUCAUCGAGGUUUACUACCAAGCUACACAGUCGAAAGCGGCGACAAACUUCCUCGUUUUCAUGAUUGCAUUCAUCCUUUUUAUAUCCCUCUUCAACAUCUUCGCCUCCGUCUCUAGGUUGACAUGGGCAUUUGCUCGCGACAACGGUCUCCCAUUCUCCAAAACAUUCUCCUACGUACAUCCGACUCUUAAGAUUCCCAUUAAUGCGCUUCUACUGGUUGGCGCCAUCUGCUGUCUACUCGCUCUCAUCAACAUCGGAUCCUCUACAGCCUUCAACGCAUUAAUCUCUCUUCCAACGAUUGCUUUAUACAUCUCAUAUUUUAUCCCGAUAUUCUUCCUCGUUAUCAGGAAACUGCAGAAUCGGCAUCCGCAAUACGGACCUUUCAAGCUCGGCCGCUGGGGACUCCCGAUCAAUCUAUUUGCUCUGGUGUUUAUUGUCUAUAUCUUGACAUUCUUGCCUUUCCCAGUUGAGCUGCCUGUGACGGCAAUCAAUAUGAAUUAUGCGGGUCCGCUUGUGGGCGCGAUCAUUAUGAUGGCCUUGGGCGAUUGGUUUACAUCGGGGAGGAAGAGAUUCGAGGUACCCGUGGCGCGCACAGCAAAGGCUGACCUGUGAAUGUGGAUGGUAUUGCGUUCAUACUGCACCGUUGUACUGCAAUUGCUCCAUAGCGCAAUGCUUGGUGCAAAGGCUUAAGCUACCCCUUCAAACGUUCAAAGGCACCAGCUGCUGUAAACCCC